CAUGAACUGCUCUUAAAACAAAAAAAAACUAAAAAAAGAAAAACUAAUGUUUUAUGCAAACAGUAAAACAAUAUAGAAGAACCAGAAAUAAUGUAAGGAAGUAUCUGAAAUAAAUUUUAUCGAAAUCCACAGCAGUAUAAGAAAAUUAAAUCGUACAAAAACAAAAUCAAAGAAUUUGUUAAUCCAUCUUAUUCAGCAACAAUCAUCAUCAGGGGCAACAACUUUUCCCAUAUUUUACGAUAAUUACAACUGUUUUGCCGCACACUUCUGCUCACAUCGGCACCUCCUCAAAUCGACUUUUGACGUCUGCCGCCGGCAAGCCAAAAUAACUUGAAAUGCCUGUAGGAGGUAGAACAGCCGGAAAAUACGGUUACUCGGAUAACAGUUAUUACAGCGGACACUCCUAUAAGAGCAUCAAUGAUGAGAUAAUUUGGGUAAGCAUUGGCAUGGGUAUCAUCAUCUUGCUGCUAAUUGCAAUGGCACUCUGCUACAUCGCUUACGAGAAGUGUCACAAGAAACGUGAAUACUAUAUAAACGCAUAACGAGCUUCUGAACAACUGGUCAUACUUAAUAAGCUCGUUUUUCUGCUCACUUCUUAGAGUGAAGUUGCUGUUACGAAAGUGCAUAGUAACGACGUUAUUACCAGCAUAUCACGUUGAAGACACGUAAAUUCAAAAUAUUAAAACCAAAAAUGUAAGACGCGGAACACAAAAUCCUCUAUUUGAUACUAAACGAACUUCGUCCAUGAUGAACCUUUUUCAUCCUAAGAACACACUUAUGAAAAUGUACUCUUAUAAGUAUACUAAGCAUUCGUACACACCUACAAUAAUGAACUUACAUAAAAAAACACAUAUUACACUUACAUUACACUUGCUUUACAUAUAAAUUGGACAUACAUUAGCACAUAUUUUUUCUUAAAUGCUGAUAUAUUAAGCAGUACUUCUAAUAGAAGUUAAGACGGCAAGGAGAAAUGCGCACAUCAACUAUCAAGUAUUUACGACAGCCUUUUUUGCAUUACAGUGGCGUAGCUGGAGAUGUAUUGAAGGGGAUUGUUUAUCAAAUUGCUAUAUUUAAUUUAAGUGGUAAACAGCAAGAAUUUAAAAGAAGAUAUCUAAAUAAUACGAGUUAAGUUAUUUCUUAGUAAGAGAACUAACUGUUAGCAGUGUCGUUAGUGAAUUUUGUUUUCAACUCAUAUCGAGAAA